AUGCCACCCACAAUAUGGCGGUACCGUUAACGUGAGGUCAUGCACUCACAUGCGGCGUUUGUUCUUCUAUGCCUAGGUCCGCACUACACAGUGUUCUUGUGGUAGGGGGUUCAAUAACGGGUAAUGACUACGACGGUCAUUUUAAUGGAUACAUUCGAGUUACGACAGCCUUAGCGAUAAAGAAACUAAAUGUCAAUGUUACUGACAUAAGCAGAAAAGGUGUCGGUGUUAUGUUUGCGUCGUUAAGAAAUAUUAAGUCAUAUGGCGACCUUUGUAGUCAAAAACAGAGAUACAAAACCCGUUAAAAUGCAUUUUAAUUUCCAAUAAAACAGAUGGCGGACGUAUUCUAAUUUGUUCACUCGCUUUUCGGUGUAGCAGCUGGCUAAUCUUGGUAGCCUGUUAGCCGGGGUCUUGUUUACCACCAUGGACAGAGACGCGUACCACAACUGCAGCAGCCUUGUCAAAAUGCCGCGACAGUCAUAUGAGCAGUUUUGGUCUUCGCAUUUUGUUGACUACAUUGACAAAGAGCUGAGCUACUCUAAGUUUUUCAGGAAGUACUUGCUGCCUAAUCACCCGUGCAUGUUCUCCAGAAGAUUCACAGAAAACUGGAAAUGUAGAAAACAAUGGGUGACAGAAGAGGGCAAACCUAAUUUUCAGAAACUGCUGCAAGAGUUUGAUGAGACUCCUGUCCCAGUUGCAAACUGCAAUGCGAAGGAAUACAAUGCCAACCCCAAACAAGUAAUGCCAUUGAAGGAAUUUAUACAUUAUUGGAAGGAGUACAUCCAGAAUGGGCACUCAUCACCCAAAGGAUGCCUCUAUCUUAAAGACUGGCAUAUGUCAAGGGAUUUUCCAGACCAUAAUGUUUACACUACACCAGUCUUCUUUUCUUCUGAUUGGCUUAAUGAAUACUGGGAUACACUUGAAGUGGAUGACUACCGGUUUGUCUACAUGGGACCCAAAGGCUCAUGGACCCCGUUCCAUGCUGAUGUGUUCCGCUCGUACAGCUGGUCUGCAAAUAUCUGUGGCAGGAAGAAGUGGCUGCUGUAUCCUCCGGGUCAGGAGGACUUUCUACGAGACACCCAUGGAAACCUCCCUUAUGAUGUUACUUCAGCUGCACUGCAAGACAGAGGCCUUUUCCCACAGUUUGAAGAGGCUUGCCAACCUCUUGAAAUUAUUCAAGAGGCUGGCGAAAUUAUUUUUGUGCCAAGUGGCUGGCACCACCAAGUUUAUAAUCUGGAGGACACCAUCUCUAUUAAUCAUAAUUGGCUUAAUGGCUGCAAUAUUGACAUCAUGUGGCAGUUCCUACAGAAUGAGCUGUCUUCUGUUCAGAAAGAGAUAGAGGAGUGGAAAAACACAAUGGAUUCAUGGCAUCAGCAUUGCCAGGUCAUUAUGAAAGCCUGCUCUGGCAUUGACUACAAUGAAUUUGCUUCCUUUCUGAAAAUCAUUGCUGAAAAUCGGAUGGCCUUUUUGAAUGCCUGCUCCUCUGGCGAUUCCUCUGAUUACUCCCGUCCUCUCUCAGAGAUCCUCACCGCUCUUGGACCUUACCACGCUACCUUCGACCUACAGAGAGUGGCCCAUAUUAUUGAAUGCCUACUGUGCAACGAGGACUUUAAGCGGCUUGAUCAUUCAACCUCGACUUUGCAACCUGAAACCUUGUUACAGCAGAUCAGAGACACUAUACAGUCCACUAGAGGGCAGCAUCUCCUUUAUCAGGAAUAAUGUGCCCAACAUCUAAACAAGUGCCACAUUAAGUAUGAAAAAUGUUGUCAUAAAGCAAUGACGUUCAUUGCUGUCUAAAGUUCUGCUUUCAUCUGUCUGAAUUUUGUUUUUGCACUGAAAUAUAAAAAGCAGAAAUGAUA